AUGGAUCUUUCUGAUUUACCAACUUCAUCUAAUCAAAUAAAUGAAAAACAGCGACAAACAGAAAACAUUGCAAAUAUAAAUGCUUAUCAAGAACAUGAUCAACAACUAAUAAGCCUUAAAACUCAACCUAUAGAAGAGUUUCGUGGUCGUUUUAAAAGUGAGAUUCGACCAAAGGGCGCAAAGAAGCGUGAUGGUACACCUCAAGUUACAGAAAAGUCACCGGUUUAUUUUGCUGACCGAAAUGGAAAUCAUUUUCUAGAAUUAUUGAUUCGACCAAAGCUCAUAUUCAACAAGGAACCAUUUCCUCGUGAUCGUGCUCAGAUACGUGCUUCGAUACUGACAAUACCUAUCAAUGGAUACGUAUAUGUUCAUCCAUAUUUUAAAUUUUACCAACGUGAAAAAUCUGAUGAACUUUCUUGGGUUAAUCCAAUUUAUAUAGAUCUUGCAUCUGAAAAUGGUUAUAAAGAUGUCACUGAGACCGAUGAAUUAUUGAGUGUUAUUCUUAAGUUACCAGUUGUAAUGCUUAAAAAAGAAGAAGUAACAGGAAAAGCUUUGGAACCUUUUGCAUUUUACCAAGAUGGGCAAGUUGAUACAAAGAAAUAUACACAUUGGGAUAAAAUGAAUGAAAAAUUUAAGUUAAAUGAUAUUCGUUUUGCUUUUGUGUUGCGUGUUAAAAAUUUGAAUAAUGAAGGUUAUAACGAAUAUACUGAACAAAUAUAUAUUAGUGAGAUUUCAACGCAAAAUAGAAAAGUAAAAUUUUACUGA